AUGGAGCCUCAGCUGGGACCUGGGGCCACCCCACUUUGCCCAGGCUGGCCGGCCUUGCUGCUGUGGUUCUCAGCCCUGAGCUCUUCUUUCUCCUUGCCAGCUUCUCUCACUCCUUCUCUGGUGCCUCAAGUCAGAAGCAGCUACAAUGCUGGAAGGACUUUCCUGGGUCUUGAUAAAUGCAAUGCCUGCAUCGGGACAUCUAUUUGCAAGAAGUUCUUUAAAGAAGAAAUAAGAUUUGGCAACUGGCUGGCUUCCCCAUUCCAACUUCCUCCUGACUACUUGCCUUCUUACCCUGCCAAUUACUCAGAUGAUUCCAAAAUCUGGCGCCCUGUGGAGAUAUCGAGGUUGGUCAGCAAAUACCAAAAUGAGGUCUCUGACCGGAGAAUCUGUGCCUCUGCAUCAGCCCCAAAGACCUGCAGCAUCGAGCGUGUGCUUCGGAAAACUGAGAGAUUCCAGAAAUGGCUGCAAGCCAAGCGCCUUACUCCAGACCUUGUGCAGGGCCUGCCCAGUCCCCUUCUGCGCUGCCCAUCGCAGAGACUCCUGGAUCGAGUGGUCAGGCGCUAUGCUGAGGUGGCCGACGCCGGUAGCAUCUUCAUGGACCACUUCACUGACCGAGACAAGCUGCGGCUGCUCUACACACUGGCUGUCAACACGCACCCUAUCCUUCUACAGAUCUUCCCUGGGGCCGAGGGAUGGCCACUACCCAAAUACCUGGGCUCCUGUGGCAGAUUUUUCAUCAACACCAGCACCAGAUCGCUGCAGGAAUUCUAUGGUGCACCCCCAGACCAGACAGCUGAUCUCGCCUACCAGCUCCUUGGUGUCUUGGAGUCUCUGAGGAACAAUGACUUGAACUAUUUCUUCUACUUCACCCAUGUUGAUGCAGGCAUGUUUGGCAUCUUCAGCAAUGGGCAUCUCUUCAUCCGGAAUGCUAGCACACUGGGUGUCAUUGACAAGCAGGAAGGCAGCCAAGCAUUCAUCAGGGCAGAAGAGAAUAAAGACAUCUUUAGUUGCCUGGUUUCUGGCUGCCAGACCCAGCUGCCCUCCUGUGAUUCUGUUCCUGAGAAGCAGAACCUUGUGCUAGUGUGUCAGCAGUUGCUGCCCCGGCUUCUCCAGGGCAAGUUCCCCUCAGUGGUGCAGGAUGAGAUCGAUGCCAUGCUCACUCAGUGUGGGGAGGACACUCGCCCAGACCCUGAAAUCUUGGGUGCUGCCAGCCGACUGAAGGACAUCCUGAGACCCCUGAGGACCUGUGACCCUAGAUUUGCUUACCGAUACCCAGAUUGCAAGUAUAAUGAGAAGUUCUGA